CCACCACUGGAUACCACCACCACCAGUGAAUAAUGGCAAGAUGAACAUGAGGUCGGGUCAGUUAGCCCGUCGUGACAAAUUCACUAGCAAUUAGUCACAUGGUUUCCAGGGCGACCGCGUGGAAGUCGACCUAACAUGGUUCAUUUCAUUGAAUGGUUUAGAAUUUCAAAUCAUGAAAAUAACAAUGAUUUUCAUUCUAGAAAUAUCGACGAAAACAUUUGUGUUCUGGCCUAAUGGUACGAUACCAUUUUAUAUAAACCCGAAGCAUUUUGAUUACGAGCAAUCCUUGGCGAUUAUGACUACGCUAUCAGCCUUUGCAUUCAAAACGUGCCUGAAAUUCAUGCCUGCACUAGUGGCCCCUGAAGGAGCUCAACAUGUACUGGUCUUUGAAAACCCAACUGGAAUUAGGAAGUGCGUCUUGGAAUCUGAUGGACAUUCAAUGGAUGAGCCUCAUAAAAUAAUCCUUGGCUACGAGUGCCUGCGUUCGCCUCAGAUCGACAUGAUCCUCAUGAGGGCGCUGGGCUUCCCGUUCGAGCACAACCGAGCCAGUAGGGACCUGUAUGUUGACGUACUGCUGGAAAACAUAGAGCCAGCCGCAGUACAAUUGUUCAUGAAAGAUAUGAAACUGCCGCUGGAGUGGCGACAUCUACCCUAUGAUGUGAACAGUGUAAUGCAUUUUGGGGAGCGUGAAUACAGCAAGAAUGGACAUCGUACUAUCAUGUUUAAGGACCACAAUGUAAAACAAGAUAGAGUCAGUUUAACAAGUCUAGAUAUUCGGAAGAUUGAUAUAGUCUAUGGUCCUGAAUGUCGGCGAAGAGAUCGACAAGAAAAGAUAGAACUAUGCCAGAACUACCCUGGAGUAGCUCGUAAGAAGAGAGCUGUAGAAGAGAAUAGAAGUUUACGUGUGAAUCCAAAUAUCACUCCACCAUCAGAUACUGUAAAUGGUUCCAAAAAAGACACAGAAAAGAGUGCAGAUGAAUCAAAUAUUACUAUAGUAGAUGAAACAUUAAAAGAUCUCGGAAUAGAAGAAGAAUUGCAAAAUAUCGUCGAUCAAAUCUAUAAGAUGUCGUCUCUGGCCUUGGAUAACGCUAAACAUAAAUAUUGCAAUAAUUCUAAAUCUAUUACAAACAGUUCUAAAUUACGAAUGGGUACUGACUCUGAAAAUGCAAAUCCAGACAUUUUAGGCAUUGUUGAAAUUGUGGCCAAUUACGCUAAAAAUAUGGUCAAACAUGCUGUUUCUAAUUUAACGUUAUUUUGUCAAGAAUAUGAUUCGAUUGAAUCUUAUUUACGUGCAAGAUGUAACUGGCAUGAGCCAAAUAGAUGCCCCAAAACUUACAAAUCUACUAAAUCUGGACCUGUCAGACAUUCUACGCAACACAGACCAAUAUAUUUUCAAUCCACAAAACAUGAUAGUAGAGGACUUCAGAAACCGUACCACAACUUCCGUUCUGGAAACGAAAAUAAUGAAACAAAUACAGACAAUGUAAGAAGGAAAAGAAAUAUAAAAGAAAAUGACAAAAGAAUAGCGCAAUUGGAAGAUAGGAGGCACUCCCGACGAGCAGUAGAGAGACAAUACUUACGGUUUAAUUUGGCAGAGCUUUCCUAUAAAGUUUACAUAUUUGUUAACAUACAUCACUUAAACAGGGUCAAAAGCAAACGGACUACUAAAAAAGAACGAGAUUCAUCUGCAUUGUCAUUAGAAGAAGAAGAACAUACAAUGAAUCAGUAUCGUAAAGGUAAAAAGAAUAGACAUCAAAAGGACAAAAGUAACACAGAAGAUUAUCAAUAUGAUAAAUCAAAGAAUUUAAAAGAUAAUGAUCCAACGGACUCGAAUAUCCAUAGAUAUAUUAUACAAGAGCGUAAAAGAAAAGAGAGCGAAACAAAACACAAAUAUAUUGAACAUAAUCGUAAACCGAAGAAAAUAAGACAUGAGAAUAGCAGAGAAGACAAUAGACACAAAGAAAGAAAGCGAAAGAGACAGAAGCGUAUAGAAGAAUAUAGAGAGAAUAAUGAUCAAAACCCACAACUAAAACUAAUAGAUGUACACGCAGUCGAGUCACCUGAAGUUAAAACAGAAAGGAAUAGAGCACAAUUUAUACCUAAAACUGUACGUAUUUCGAAAAAGAACCGUGAAUUUUAUGACGACAGGAAGUGGCCGGAUGGUAUCGUCAGAUAUAUUAUUAAGGACGAUCCUGCAUAUGACAUAGCAGACAUGCGUCGCCGUCUUGAAGAAGUCAAUAGCAUUUUAAAAAAGAAAACGUGUGUGAAACUUGACGAGAUCACAGAGGAAGAAGCAGAGAGGUACACCGAUUAUCUACACCUGGACACGAGUCCAGAUUACGUUACAGGACGUGUGGGGGACAGGCAAGUGUUUGGAUGCCUGGAACUGUUCCGCGGUGGUCAGCACCGACAGCACGCCGCCAUGAUGGUGAUGGCGAUGCUUGGCUUCUACUUCGAGGUGGCCAGGCACGAUCGGGACAAGUACAUCAGAGUGCAUAUGAGGCAUGUACGACCUGAUAAAAUGCACCAUUUCGAAAAGAUAAGAGAGGACGCCACUUUUCCUUUACCCUACGAUUAUGCCAGUGCGACGCAUCCGGCUUGGCAGUUUUGGCGCAAAAUUGGCAAAACUGGCAUAUCCACGGUCGCCACUUACAAAGAGCAGGAUUCAGACGGUUCGGUCAUGAAGUCGCUCGGGCAGAACGAAAAUCUAUUAUCAGAAUUGGACUUGAUAAAAAUAAAUACAGUGUAUGGAAUACAGUGCUUUCGGAAGCCAAGUGGAGAGGCUGAAAGGAGUAAGAAACGGGUAGAAGAGAAAGAUGAGGAGUCAAGAGAAGAAGUGAGAAUUGAAGAUAAUUCAGAAUAGGAUAUCAGAUAAAAGAAGAGUGACAAUAUUGAAAUGGAGUUUGAUGUUAUUGAAUGCAAUAUUAAUAAUAAAAUAUUGCAUUUUUAUUUAUAACGUACACCUAAUAAGGCAAAAUAAUCGCCAGCCAUACUAAUAUUGACAUUU